AAAGAGAGGCCGCGCGUUUUCAGCUCCGCGGAUCCCCGGGUUUCUGGACUACGUUUCCCACAGGGCUCUGGGGCACGGCUCCAUUAGCAGCUCGGGGAGUUGCAUGCUGGGAGAUGCGCUUUCUGCGAGGAUUUUUACUCAAGGUCUGGUUUCCCGGUGACCCUGUCCGGAGUUAACCUCAACGCCGGCGCUCCCUCCCGACGCCGUCGGUUGUUGGGGCCCCAAGCGGCCAGCUGUCCUCCAGAAAAAGCAUCCCAAGGAGAAAGAAUCAUCAUCACAGAUCUUGAAAUCAAGAUCUGGCUUCUCUGGAUUUUGUGUCUUCGGUAAAGGAGACCCCAAGAGGACCGAUCAGUUCUUGAAUUCUAAAACCAUGGCCCACGAACAAAGAAGAGGCAAGGCUAGCAGAUGGUAACAGGGUUUGGUGACAUUCUCCGAUGUAGCCAUAGACUUCUCUCAGGAGGAGUGGGCAUGUCUGGACUCUACGCAGAGAGACCUGUACUGGGACGUGAUGCUGGAGAACUACAGUAACUUGGUCUCGCUGGAUUUGGAAUCACCGUAUGAGACCAAGAGUUUACCUACACAGAAGGGCACUUAUGAGAUAAAUUUUUCCAAACAGAACUCAAAUAGAAAAAGUAAAUCCCUUGGCCUUGACUGGAUGUGUGAAGGUGAGUUUGAAAGACCACAGGCCCCACAAGAGGGAUGUAUCAAUCAAAUCAACUGUGGGAAAACGCCCACUUGCAGAGAAAAUACCUCUGUCCGACCACAUCAGAGACUUCAUAACAGGGAGAAUUCCUAUGAAUGUAAGGAAUGUGGGAAGGCCUUUAGCCGAGGCUAUCAACUUACUCAACAUCAGAAAAUUCACACUGGUGAGAAACCCUAUGAAUGUAAAGAAUGUAAAAAGGCCUUCCGUUGGGGUAAUCAGCUUACUCAACAUCAAAAAAUUCACACUGGUGAGAAACCUUAUGAAUGUAAGGACUGCGGGAAGGCGUUUCGGUGGGGUUCAAGCCUCGUUAUUCAUAAGAGAAUUCAUACAGGUGAGAAGCCCUAUGAAUGUAAAGACUGUGGGAAGGCCUUCAGACGCGGCGAUGAGCUCACUCAGCAUCAGAGGUUUCACACUGGUGAGAAAGACUAUGAAUGCAAAGACUGUGGGAAGACCUUUAGCCGAGUGUAUAAACUAAUUCAGCAUAAGAGAAUCCACAGUGGUGAGAAACCCUACGAAUGUAAAGACUGUGGGAAGGCCUUUAUUUGCGGUUCCAGCCUCGUUCAACAUAAGAGAAUUCACACCGGUGAGAAGCCCUAUGAGUGCCAAGAAUGUGGGAAGGCCUUUACUCGUGUCAAUUAUCUCACUCAGCAUCAGAAAAUUCACACUGGUGAGAAACCUCAUGAGUGUAAGGAAUGUGGGAAGGCCUUCCGUUGGGGUUCGAGUCUCGUGAAACACGAGAGAAUUCAUACAGGUGAGAAGCCGUAUAAAUGUACAGAAUGUGGGAAGGCCUUUAACUGUGGCUAUCACCUUACUCAGCAUGAGAGAAUCCACACUGGUGAAACGCCUUACAAAUGUAAGGAAUGUGGAAAGGCCUUUAUUUAUGGGUCAAGCCUUGUCAAACACGAGCGAAUUCAUACAGGGGAGAAACCCUAUGAGUGUAAAGAAUGUGGGAAGGCCUUCAGUCACGGCCAUCAACUUACACAGCAUCAGAAAAUUCAUACUGGUGAGAAACCCUCUGAGUGUAAGGAAUGUGGAAAGGCAGGUAAACCUGUAAACCAUUCUCCAGAACAUCAGAGAAUUCAUGCUGUUGAGAAACCUUUUGGGUACAAAGAGCGUACAGAGGCCUCUAUUCAACAUUCAUUUCUUCCACGACAAGAGGAAAAUCCAUGAUAAGACUUAACGCAAGAAAGCCUUCACUGGUCCCUCUUCUGCUUAUAGAAUAUCAGAAGUCAUAUGAGAGGUGAAUUUGGAGAAUUGGAGAAAUCACUUUUUCUUAUUGAUCACAACAUACUCAGCUGUAGACUAUUUUCUACUGGAUAGGUUUCCUGAAUGCGUGGAAACCUUCCAAUGCCAUUUCAUCUCUGUCGUAUUUCAGAUUUGUUCUAAGGUAAAACUCUGCUAAUGGAGCAUAUGUGGGAGAGCUUUUCUCGUGGUACAUACCCCACCUGUUUCCAUCACCAUCCCACCUCUUUACUCCCUGUGAGGCACUGAGAAAAUUAGCUAUUACUCCCUGUGUGUUAUCUGUGAAAUGGGGAUAAUCACACCUACCUAAUACUGCUGUUGUGGUUAUUAAAUGAGUCUGGUACAUGUAAGCUCCUUGAACGUGUAUCUGAAAUGUUGUGUAAGCUCAAUAAAUGUUAGCUGUUGUUGUUCUCAUUACCAUUAACGUUGCUAUUAGUGAAUUUUUACAAGAAGACCCCCUGUGGGUGCAGUGAGCUAAGAAAAGACUAUCAAACUUCUAGAAGAAAAUAUGGGGAAUUCCCUGGUGGUCCAAUGGUUAAGACUCUGUGCUUCCACUGCAGGGGGGCACAGGUUCGAUCGCUGGUUGGGGAACUGAGAUCCCACAAGCCGUGCGGCGUAGCCAAAAAAAAAAAAAAAAAUAGAAAACUUAGGAGAUUAUUGUCACAGCAUUGGGGUAGGCAGCAUUUCUUAGUAUACAGAAGACAUUAAACAGAAAAUAAAAAGUUAUUAAGUUGGACUUCAUCAAAAGUACAAAGUUCUGACCAUCAAAUGACACCAUGAAGGUGGUGAAAAAGCAAGAAGACUGGGAGAAGAUAUUUACAUAAACCUGACAAAGGAUUCACAAAGAAAGGAUAAAAAGAAUCCUUCAAGUCAGGGCUUCCCUGGUGGCGCAGUGGUUGAGAAUCUGCCUGCUAAUGCAAGGGACACGGGUUCGAGCCCCGGUCCGGGAAGAUCCCACAUGCUGCGGAGCAACUAGGCCCAUGAGCCACAACUACUGAGCCUGCGCGUCUGGAGCCUGUGCUCCGCAACAAGAGAGGCCGCGAUAGUGAGAGGCCCACGAACCUCGAUGAAGAGUGGCCCCCGCUUGCCACAACUAGAGAAGGCCCUCGCACAGAAACGACCCAACACAGCAAAAAUAAAUUAAUUAAUUAAUAAUAAAAAAAAGAAUCCUUCAAGUCAGUUAAAAGGUGGAGGGAGACUUACAUAAGCACUUAAGAUCACCAAAUGGCAAAUAAGUAAGUGCAGAUGUGUUAAACAUCAUCACUCCUCAAGGAUAUGAAAGGUAAAAUCAUCAUGUGAUGUCACUAGACAUGCACCAGAAUGGUUGACUUAAAUUGCUUAUAAGCCAGUGUCUUUGUUGGAUGUUCAUACAUGGCCUGUUCAAGAAGGAACAGCGGCUUCCCUGGUGGCGCAGUGGUUAAGAAUCCUCUUGCCAAUGCAGGGGACAUGGGAUCCCACAUGCCGCGGAGCAACUAAGCCUGUGAGCCACAACUACUGAAGCCCGC